GCGGGGACGGGCGGGCUUGCCGGGCGGCGCGAGGCGGAGCGCGGGCGGUCGGGGGAGCUCGGGAGGGCGGACGGCGGCGCGAGCGCUCGGCCCCGGGGCUGCGGGGAGCAGGCGGACACCGCGGCGGCGGCGGCGGCAGUGGCUGCUGCUGCUGCAGGACUGAGCCCAGCCAGGGGACACCGCCCCUGCCCCGCGCUCUGCUUCAGCCCAGCGCUGCUCCCCAGGGGCCUGUGCGGACUCGCCCCGCGUGACGUGCCACGAUGUCUGACCGGAAGGCAGUGAUCAAGAACGCAGACAUGUCUGAGGACAUGCAACAGGAUGCCGUUGACUGCGCCACACAGGCCAUGGAGAAAUACAACAUAGAGAAGGACAUUGCUGCCUAUAUCAAGAAGGAGUUUGACAAGAAGUAUAACCCCACCUGGCACUGCAUCGUGGGCCGGAAUUUUGGCAGUUAUGUCACACACGAGACGAAGCACUUCAUCUAUUUUUACUUGGGUCAAGUCGCCAUCCUCCUCUUCAAGUCAGGCUAGGAGGCCGAGGAGAAGGUGUCAGUGGCGGCGGCGGCGGCGAUGGCAAACAGGCGGCCUUGCUGGGACUGUUUUGCACUGGGGCCAGCAUCAGGAAGUCCUCUCCAAUGGCUGUGCUACUGCAUGGACUGUAUACUCGAUUUCAUGUGUGUGUCGCAGUAAACAAAAACCAAACUUCUUUCUGUUUAGUUGCCUGGGGAAGAAGGCUGCUUUAUGUUUAUUUUUUUUAAGACUUUAAAAAUAUUUUUUGGUUGUACUGCACUAGGAAGUCUCUCCCACCCUCCUUUUCUCUUUCUCUCCCUGUAUAAAAUACAAGGCCCUCAGCAAAGCCCGAGCGACUAGGAGGCUGAGGGCUAGAACCAGGUCUCUGGAGGUGGAGAUCUCACGGCAGCUGCCUCUUCCUGGGGUGAUGCUGCUGGAGGAGGGCCGGAGGCUGUGAGGACAGUGGUAGGCUUGGCAAGGGGAAGGAGAGGAGGUUGGGUGGGGAUCGCUCUAGUACCAGGGAGAAUAUUCCACUGAACUGUGACUUUAUUACGGCUUGGGGCAGGGUGGGUGGGUGCAGUCUUUAAGAGCCCUGAGAUGUGUCUGUGGUGUGGGAUUGGGGAGCAGACUCGUCUUGCUGUCUGUCUGUCUGUCAGGGUUUCUAAGUAAGGGCUGUGUCUUUGUGGGUUCCCUUCCCUGUUCUCCCGGCCACCAUGACACAGAAGGCUGUGGGGAGGAGGGUUAGCCUGACUCUUCCCCUUUACCUCCUGCCGUCCGCUCCCCGCUUAGCCCUCGGUUCUUCUCAUUCCUCAGUUCUCUUCGAGCAGCCCUGUCGGCUGCAAGGGAACUCCUGGUGACUGUAGUUCCUUAGUUAGGUCUUAGCGAUCAAACCAAAUCAGCGUCCCCUGGAUUCUUCCUUGUGUGUGUUUGUGUUCGUCUGUGUGCGUGUGUGGGGUGGGUCUGGGGUAGAAGGGAGGGAAGGGGCAGGAUAGGUGGACUCUAGGGUGUAUGGGGACGUAGGGGGCACAGUUAGUUCCAAGUGGGCUUCUAUGUUGCCUGUCGGGGUGAGGACAGGUUGGUGUCACACCAUCCUCCUCCCCUCAGCCAUCUAGUGUGGACACCCCGCUUUGCCCUGUGGCUGGCUGUUCCUGGGGAAGUUUUUGGGAAGGUCACCCAGGACAAGAUGGCCAUACUGCCAUCUGCCCUGGAGUUGGAUCUGGGGGCAGGGGCAACUCUUGGCUGGUCCCAGCCUCUUGUGGGAAUGGAAGAAGGGAGGGCCGAGCGGGGCCCCUUGGAACAGGUCUGAAGUACAGUAAGCAGCUCGUGAGUCAGGAGGUGGAGAAGGGCUGUGAGUGGGAGGACCUUCCAGAGUGCAAGGGAAAGCUCGGCUGUUGUUGACAUGAUGGGGUGGGUGGGGGCUGUCAUUGCCAAUUGAGCUGCUGGUUCUCAUGAAUCACAUUCAGAACAUGGAGUAGGGUUGACACUGUACGGGGCGGGGGAAGGCAGGAGAAUGUCCCUUCCUCCUAAGCCCUUAGUGUGUAUUGAGCUUUUUUUUCCUUCAGGGCUGGCAGGGAGGGUGGGCACUAGUGACUGAGUUCCCUGUGCAAACCUUUCAUUGGGUACCAGAUUGAAUGUUUGAUUUUAGGUUUUAUUUUUCUUAACGAACGUCCAGAUGUGUGUUUCUCCCUGCCCUCCAAGACUCUGGCCAGUUGGAAGUGUCUAGUUUUUGUUCAUCUCUCAUUUCUGGUGCAGGGCUGAGACCCUGCUACAUCUAUGCUCUGCAUCCACGCCUCUUUUGGACAUUAAAGGUCGAUUGAUGCACUUCUGA